AUGAGGUUCAAGAACGGUAAACCGCACCCGUGGAGCAAGGACGUGUCGUCGUUUAUCGUGUACCCGGAGGCGGCCAACCAAACGAUCUACAGUCCGCGCGUCGAGGAGAACGACGUCGGCAACUACACCUGCGUGCUGCGCAACGAAACGCACGCCAUCCGGAACAACAUCGAGCUGCGGCUGCAGGACAAACUGGACAAUCCGAUGCCGACGUUCAAACCGAAGGACCUGAUGGUGGGCGUCGGGGAAAGUGCCAGGUUCUACUGUGAGGCGUUUGUCGGCAACCUUUAUCUGCCGGACGCAACGAACGAGAUACUGUGGAUGCAGAUGUUUGACGACAAACCGCACCAGGUCACCGACGGGAAGCAGGAGAACGUUACACGAGAGGAAGGACAGAUCAUUGGGUCGUACCUGUCGAUACCCAGCAUCCAGGCGCACCAUUACGGGCGCUAUCGGUGUCAGAUAGUGUCCGGUAAUUCGGCGCAACCGCUCGAACUGAACGUCCUGCUGUCACCGGUCGAGGUGACAUCGAUCUCCGAAUCCUGCCUAUCGGUACUGGUGUACGGCAUGGCCAUAGGCCUGUUCGUGCUGGUCGUCCUAACCGCCUGGAUCUGCCGGACCGUGCACCAGCGAACCGCGGGCAAGAAGGCCAACAAUCGCUGCUCCGCCCAGUUCAUUGCCAAAAACGAGCACCACGAAACUGUGUAAGCUGGCUGGUGGCUGACCGAUGGCGAUGGUGAUGAAAUCCCCAAGAAGAGACUGAGUUUAAUGCGUGG